AAACAGGCCUUUAGUUGUACUUGUGCGGGUGAUGAACUUCCGGUUAGUUUACAUUUCGACGACGGUACUGCUUUUGGUCUAAAUUCAUCAUAAUUAGUCAGGAUAAUCAUUCUGCCUUCUGUUUGGGAGUAAUUCAUCAUGAUUCUCGGUGUGCAGCUCCCUUCCGUUUUGGUAUUUCCUACGGUCUUUCUCUCCAUUCUGACCUUUGACCUUGCCUCGGCUGACCAGUGGGAUCCCAAUAGCUUUGUUGCAUUUUGUGGAAAUGGUGUACCUUCAACCUGGCUAUGUGAUCCAGACAACCUACUUGCAGAUGGGCUUGUUGUCAAUGAACUUGCAGCCGUCAACAACAAGACGAGUGGUGAGAUCUACCUGGACUUUACUUACCACUAUGGCUAUGUGAUAGCAGCUUCCGUUGUAGAAUCAGUGGUGAAUGGAGACUCUGAGGAUCCCUUGUCAAGUGUAAUGCAGUUUGGGAUAGCUGUGCAGAAAAGCUGGUUUGGUGGAAGAACGUGUGAUAAUUCAACAAUGGUGUUGGCUUCUCUUAACGCAUCUAAGGUUCUAGUCUUCCCAGGCAGUGGCGUAGAGACGAGGUUACGGACCCGCCACAAGGACACGUGCAACGAGAUCCGCAUCGAUGCUUCCAACGUGACGGAUGGAGUGAUAGAGUGUAUCAUUGCAGUGGAUGAGAUGUUGAUGGAUGCUCUUAAACCCUACUCCAAUGCACCCUGGGGAUACGCAGGCAUGGUGGUCAUCAUGACCAUGCUCGUCUUCCACUAUUGGAUCAAGUAUUGAAUACCCUGGCUGUAUGAUUUACCCAUCCCCAUAGGAUUGCAUGUGUGUGUGUGUUUUUGUAUACAGACAGAUGAUAACCCAGAUGAGUUUCUGCCAGAACAUUUUAGGUAUUCUUCGCCAAUUGCCAUUUUAAAUCAGUUCAACUCAAUUUCAUCAAUGAAUAUUAGAGACACAUUGUCAUGGUAUGAGUGUGUUUCUCAUUGCAAAUUUAGCAGAGCAGGACAAAUAUUUUUAGUCAUACCCUGGUUGAAAUGAAUCUGCCUCAUGUGAUCCUCAAUGCAUACCAUUUCUACACCUGGGUAAGGAGUGGCAAAUGCACAUCAUUGUCUUGCCAAAGGAUAGUACUUCUGUGCAGGAGACUGAAGUCUGUAGAUGUAAUUG